AUGAGUGAAUAUAGAAACGUAUUAUUAAUUGGUCGUACAGGUCAAGGCAAGUCUUCCUUAGCCAAUCUAAUAGUAAAUGACGAGAAAAACUUUGAAGAAGGAGGCAAAUUCGACGAAGUAUUUGAAAAGGGUAAUGGAACUCUUAGUCAAACUAAAAAGACUCAAUCGAAAAAAAUCACUUUAAAGAUAGAAGUAGGUGGAGAGAUAAAAGAUGUAAAAUACCAAAUCAUUGACACUGUAGGAUUUGAUGACACAACAUUGAGCAAAAGAGAAGUGCUAAUUGAGGUAGCUAAAGCAUGUAAAAAGGUCAAGGAAGGGAUAAAUCAAAUUUUAUUUGUAUGUGGAGAAAAAUUAACACCACAAGAAAUUGAUGCUUAUAAUAUAUUAAGAAGAGUUCUUUUUGAUGAGAAACUUGAUAAAGACAUUACUAAAUAUAUUACAAUUAUUCGAACGAAAUUUGAUAAUUUUGACGAUGAAGAUUCAUGUAAGUGUGACAUCCAAUCAUUGAUUGAGAAUGAAAGUAGUGCAAUUGUCGAAAUGAUUCAAUCAUGCGAUGAAAGAGUUGUUCACAUAAAUAAUCCGCCAAUAAAUGUGAAAGGAAAAGAAGUACAAGAUUUAAUUAACAUCAAUAAGAAAAUCUGUAAGAGCGCUAGAAAAAAGGUAAUAGAUCAUUUAGCGACUUGUGAAGAUGCUUACAAACCAGGGAGUUUGGAUGAGAUAAACGAAAGAAUUGGCUGCUUAUUAAAUGAAAACAAGGAGUUGCAAAAACAACUGGAGGAAUUGCAAAAAGAGUACAAUAUAUUGCGAGAACAAUUAAAUAAAUCCCGUGAUACAGAGGAAAGACCAAAGGAAAUGAGUUUUUCUCAAGAUAUUUUUAAUGAAUUUGAGAGAAGAAUGGAAGAAAAUGAGUUAAAAAAGAAAAUGGAUGAAAUGAUGAAGAAAAUAGAUGAAAUAAAAAAAAUCAAUAAACGGAAAUGA